GUCUGGUCCUCCUGCUUCCUGGAGGAGGAAUGGAUCGAUGAUCGCUGAUCACUGAUCCGGCCCUGCGUGUCCGUGGAGGGGGGAAUCUGACCCAACUCAUCCGCGGAAACACUAAGAGUCGCCGCACGCUGAAGAAGUGAUGUCUUCUGAGACCAAACCUGCAGAGGACGGAGCCUCCUUCUCAUCCAAGGUCAUCGGCAUCGUGUUUGUCAUCCUGCUGCUGGACCUGCUGGGAUUUACGCUGAUUCUGCCUCUGCUGCCCUCCAUCUUGGACCACUACGCACAAACAGGGGAUGUCACGUAUCAGUCCAUGCAGACGCUCGUGGACUGGUUCAGGGAGGCGGUUGGGAUUCCUCUAGAAAAGAAGUACAACAGUGUCCUGUUUGGAGGUCUGAUCGGGUCGCUGUUUUCACUGCUGCAGUUCCUGUCCUCCCCUGUGACGGGGGCUCUGUCGGACCAUCGGGGCAGACGACCCCUGCUCAUUCUCACCACGUUAGGCCUCAUGUCCUCCUAUGCAGUCUGGGCCGUUUCCCGAAGCUUCAACAUGUUCCUUUUGUUUCGUGUAAUUGGGGGCAUUUGUAAGGGCAACGUCAGCCUCUGCACUGCCAUUGUGGCCGACUUGCCUUGUCCGAAAGCACGGAACAGAGGAAUGGCGAUGAUCGGGAUAGCAUUCUCCCUGGGCUUCACCGUUGGACCCCUGAUGGGGGCCUACUUUGCCGUCAGCUCCAGGACGCCGGGAGACGUCUUCUACCAGACGCCGGCGCUGCUCGCCUUGGCCUUCAGCGUGGCUGACGUGCUCUUCAUCUGGCUGAUGCUGCCGGAGACGCUAACCAAGGACAGUAAGGUUUCUUCUGCUGGGUCUGGGGACUCCUGGGACCUGCUCAGUCCGCUCUCCCUGUUCCUCUUUGCAGCCGUCACCAGGACAAAAGACCCCCCUUCAAAAGAAAGAAUGAAGAAGCUCCAGCUGCUGGGCCUGGUUUAUUUCUGCUACCUCUUCCUGUUCUCCGGCCUGGAGUUCACGCUGAGCUUUCUGACUCACCAACGCUUCCAGUUUACAAGCAUGCAGCAAGGAAAGAUGUUCUUCUUCAUCGGCGUGGUCAUGGCCGUGAUUCAGGGCGGCUACGCUCGCAGAAUCAAACCUGGACAACAUAUCGGAGCCGUUCGUGUGGCAAUCUUAAUGUUGAUCCCAGCAUUCAUCCUCAUCGGGUUGUCCAGGAACAUGACGGUGCUUUAUGCCGGCUUGGCGUUAUACGCCUUUGCGGCUGCAUUAGUAGUGCCCUGCCUGUCGACGCUCGUCUCCGACCACGGUUCGGCCAAUCAGAAAGGCACCGUGAUGGGGAUCCUGCGUAGCUUGGGUGCCCUGGCCAGAGCACUUGGACCAGUUGUGUCUUCCUCUGUUUAUUGGAUCGCCAGCGCACAAACCUGUUAUCUUAUCUUAGCGGCGUCUUUCGUGAUACCCCUCACCCUGCUGAGUAAAACCCGGAGGCUGAAGGACGAAUGAGCAGUACGACUUUUAAAAGGACUUUAGUUUUGUUGCCUGAAAGGAUUAUGAUGUUUACCUCCUCCGGCAUAGAAAGCACUGAGUGGUUAUACGGCCAUUGAACAAUCAUUGGGAUAUUUUUUUUAAAUUUUUUUUUUUAUGCUGUUGACCAAAUAUUAUUCUAUGAGACAGAAAACAAUAGAACAAGGCCAAAAUAAGAAAUAUAAUGUUAUUUGCACAUAUAGACUCUAUAGGUUAGGGGGAACUACGAAUAACUUUUAUACUUCUAGAACUUGAAUCUCUUUUUUUAAAAGAUUAUUUUAUUAAACACUCAGAUUUUGUAUUUUACCCUGCAGCAUGUUAUUUUUUACUUGAAACAUGUUUAUAUUCUU